AUGAGGGUGAAGGUGAUAUCGCGCUCGACCGACGACUUCACGCGCGAGCGCAGCCAGGACCUGCAGAAAGUAUUCCGCAAUUAUGAUCCAGCACUCCGUAGUCAAGAGAAAGCUGUUGAGUACACUCGAGCCCUUAAUGCUGCAAAGUUAGAGAAGAUAUUUGCCAGGCCAUUUAUUGGAGCAAUGGAUGGUCACAUUGAUGCUGUUUCGUGCAUGGCGAAGAACUCCAAUUAUGUGAAAGCUAUGUUUUCUGGCUCGAUGGAUGGGGAUAUUCGACUAUGGGACAUUGCUGCAAGGAAGACAGUCUGCCAGUUCCCUGGACACCAGGGUGCUGUGAGAGGUUUGGCAACAUCUACCGACGGCGAUCUUCUGAUAUCCUGUGGUGUUGAUUGCACUUAUCCAUCUAUUGAUUGCAGUGUUCGACUCUGGAAAGAUCCUAUGCGUAAGAUGAUGGACACUAAUGAUGCUAUUGGAGAUGCUUCCCAGAUUCCUCUCAUCUUCUUUGCUGAAUGGACCAUUUCUCUUCUGAUGAAUUUUAGGGGUGUUGACCACCAGUGGGAUCGUAAUGUUUUCGCAACUGUAGGUGCUCAGGUAGAUAUAUGGGACCAUAACAGGUCGGAGCCAAUAAAUACCUUCGAAUGGGGUAAAGAUACAGUUCUUUCUGUGCGGUUUAAUCCUGGAGAACCUGAUGUUUUACUUACAUCAUCUAGUGAUCGGAGUUUAACACUUUUUGACCUGCGCAUGUCAUCCCCAGCUAGAAAGUUAAUCAUGAAGACAAGGUGCAAUUCAGUUUGCUGGAACCCUAGGGAGCCCAUGAACUUCACUGCUGCAAACGAAGAUACAAACUGUUAUUCUUUUGAUGCUAGAAAGCUGAAUGAAGCCAAGGUUGUUCACAAGGGUCAUGUUUCAGCAGUGAUGGAUGUUGAUUACAACCCAACAGGACGGGAAUUUGUUACUGGUUCCUACGAUAGAACGGUACGGAUCUUCAAUUAUAACGGUGAUCAUAGCAGGGAGAUAUACCAUACUAAGAGGAUGCAAAGGGUGUUUUGUGUGAAAUACACAUAUGAUGGGACCUAUCUAGUUUCUGGCAGUGAUGACACAAAUCUUCGUCUGUGGAAGUCCAAAGCUUCAGAACAAUUGGGAGUUAUUCUUCCAAGGGAACGCAAAAAGCAAGAAUAUCUUGAUGCUGUCAAGGCGCGGUAUAAUCACCUUCCAGAAAUCAGGCGGAUUGACAAACAUAAGCACUUGCCCAAGCCGAUCUACAAGGCAGGCAAGAUAAGGCGCGCCAUGAUUGAAGCAGAAAGCCGGAAAGAAGAAAGAAGGCGAGCGCACAGUGCUCCAGGGAGCAGGACUAUGCAGCCCUUCAGAAAGAGAAGGCUCAUCACAGAAGUUGAGUAG